AUGAUUAUCAUCGCACAUGAAGAAAGCAGGAACCGUACGCCCUCACGCAGCGAGAAGGGCCUUCCACAAUCUUGCCUUCUGGUCCUGAAGUUCAUUGGUGAAACAAGCGUCCUCAGCCACAGAUCAGCCAGAGCACAAGCAGGUCAGCCCUGUGGACGGCUCCGGGAAAGGCAGAGCAAGACAGAAGGAAGGCGGCAUUUAAUGAGGGGGUGCGCCGGCUGGAGGGAAGCUGUGUCAGACUACACGCCUUCCUCCUGGCAAGAGAUGACGUCCCUCCUGGUGGAGGGACAAGCCAAGGCGAUCUACUGCUACGUGCCGAAGGUGGGGCCCCGGGCUGCCCUGCACGAACUGGAAGAGGCUUUGGAUGAUCCUGACGGGAGAAGCCAAAUUCAAAAGAAGCUGGAGACCUACACAAAGAUGAUCGUGUGCGCCCCUUUUCGGCGACUCCUCUCAGCUUAUCUUGAUAAAUUUUUUUGUAUCGGAACCCCAUAUGAAAAAUUUUUUGCACGCCCGAUCAUGAAGAAAUUCCGUGGAGAUGACAGCCAAGUGCCGGAAACAGGGGACGGGUUAACUUUUGGGGAGUUCGUCAGAUACGUCAUCAGCUUGAAGAAAUACAGUUAUUUCGACGAACACUGGAAACCGAUCUCGGAACUCUGCUAUCCGUGUGCUAUCCGCUAUGACGUCAUUGUCAAGUAUGAGACACUCAUCGAGGAUUCCGAAAGGUUCCUACGCCUGAUAGGAGCUCCUGCAGACCUCCACUUUCCACCCGCUAACCCAAGGAAUACCUCAAGAGUCCUCAAAAAAUAUUUCGCAGACAUCCCUAGAAAACAGCAGGAAGAUCUCUUCUGGGUAUACAAGAAAGACUUUAAGAUCUUUGAGUACGAUGCCAUAUAG